AUGAGUUUAAUGAAAAAAAGAAUAAAAGAAACAAUGGCUAAACCAUUAAUUGGUACAUCAUUACAAGAUAUGGUAAAAGGACUUAGAUCAAAUGCAGGAAAUGAACAAGCAUUUAUUAAUCAAACGAUUGCAGAUAUUAAGAAAGACAUAGUAACAUCAGAUAUGAAGAGGAAAGCUAUUUGUAUUCAAAAAUUAACAUAUCUUGAAAUGCUUGGACAAGAAACAAAUUGGUCAGGAUUUCAUAUCAUUGAACUUUCUGCUAAACAAUCUUUUUGGAUGAAACGAGUUGCUUAUCUUGCUGCACAAAUUUGUUUACAUGAAAGUGAUGAUGUUUU